UUGUUGCAAUGAUGAAAACCUGCAAUCAGCUGAAGGGGGUUUGCUCCCGGGUCUCGAGAAUUGCUUCUUAUACACCACUGGGCCGACGACUAACUGCAGCUCCUUUGGGGAACUCGGAUUCACAAGUUCGCUAUGCUUCCUUAUCUUCACUUUCUGAAACUCAUGAUAUGUUAAAAAAGACAUGCAGGGACUUUGCUGACUCAGAGCUUGCGCCCAACGCUGGGAAAUACGAUAAGGAUGGAAAGUUUCCAAUGGAAGUGAUAAAAAAGAUGGGGGAUCUAGGGUUGAUGGGUCUGGUUGCUCCUGAAGAAUUGGGUGGAACAGGCAUGGAUUACCUUGCUUAUGCUAUAGCCAUGGAAGAAAUCAGUCGGGGAUGUGCAACAGCUGGGGUAAUUAUGAGUGUCAAUAAUUCAUUGUACUUUGGCCCAUUGUUAGGAUUUGCCAACGAAAAGCAAAAGGAACAAUGGAUUAUUCCUUUUACUACUGGUGAACGUGUUGGAUGUUUUGCCUUAUCAGAACCAGGUAAUGGCAGUGAUGCAGGAGCAGCUUCAACAGUGGCCAAAGGAUUUGGGGAUACUUAUUUGUUGAAUGGAACUAAAGCCUGGAUAACUAAUGGAUAUGAGUCUGAAGCGACUAUAGUAUUUGCCACUACAGACAAGGCUAAAAAGCACAAAGGCAUUUCUGCUUUUGCCGUACCAAAACCUACAAAAGGAUUAUCUCUUGGAAAGAGGGAAGAUAAGUUGGGAAUUAGAGCAUCUUCAACAUGUAAUUUGAUAUUUGACGAUUGUGAGAUUCCAGCAGAGAAUAUGGUUGGUGCUCCUGGCAUGGGCUUCAAGAUUGCAAUGGUGACUCUGGAUGGAGGACGAAUUGGAAUUGCUGGUCAAGCUCUUGGAAUAGCUCAAGCAGCAAUUGAUUGUGCAAUUGAUUAUGCCAGCAAGAGAAUGGCUUUCAAUGCCCCAAUUCUGAAGAUGCAAAGUAUUCAGGUAAGUCAAGAAAGGUUUUUGAGAGCUGAAAAUUGUUUGAUACUCUAUUGUUAUGCUACUAUACAAUGCUAAUGGUUAAUAUUUGUA